AUGGCCCAGGUGAAGGUAGCAGGAGAGGCAGUGAGGAGCCAACAGGACUGUGCAGAGGUUUACUCUGACAUGGCUACUGUCAGCUCCAGUGCAGAUAUAGGAGAGUCGGUGAGGAAGGGGUCUUUGUGUGAGACCUCCAUGGCUGUCAGCCUUGGCAGGCGGAGCAGGGCCUACCCCUCCCCAGCCAGGAGACGCCACCGUACCACAUUCAGCCACAAGCAGCUGGAACAGCUGGAAGUUGCCUUUGGACAGAACCAAUAUCCUGACAUCUACUACAGAGAGGAGCUGGCCCGUAUCACCAAGCUCAACGAGGCUCGCAUACAGGUUUGGUUUCAGAACAGAAGAGCCAAACAGCGGAAGCAGGAGCGGGCCUCACAGAAAGUUCUCCCAAUGGGUGUGAUGCCAGGCCACAGGGCGCUGCUGGGAGGCAUGCAUGUCCAGCCGUCCAGCAUGGCUCGACAGUACUACACCCAGCCCCUGGCUCACAUCCCCCGCCUCUCCCCCAUGCUGCACUCUGGGGCGUACUCCCGCCACCCGGGCCCGGUCAGCCAGUGCCCUUGCCCCAGCGUCCCACCGCCGCCAGCCACCCAGCGACAGCAUGAAGAGUGGUACAGCCCGCUGAGGAGCAACCUCACCUCACCCAUGUUCUCUCUGGCCUCCAUGCAGCCUCUGGACCCUGCCUCUCACUGGAGCUAAGAAGUGACGUGUGAAGUGAAGAGUCCAAUCUAAAAAGUCUAAUAUUACAUUAAAAAAUAUUUUUAAUCCUCAUUCAGCUGCAGCAAAUUGAGUGAUCAUGUAUGCUCCUUGUCACCUACCACACUGUGAUUAUACAGGCACACGUUUAAGUUACAAGAACAUAUUCUGGCCCGGAUGUUGGCUGUAAAAGUAACUUCAGUGUCAUACACAGUGUGGGAACUUUGAAUGCUGAGUUUCCCACACAGUGGCAUUUGAAUCUGCACUCAAAUGUUCACAAAAGCAUCUCUUUUGUUCUCAGUCUUUGUGUAACCUCACCAUUGAUAUAAAUUGUGCACAAAUGUAAGUUCUCAGCAGUUUUUUUCUGCACCUAGGCAUUCUGUGUUUCACAAGUUUACAAAGGUGAUAUAUACGACCACAGACGUUUUUAGUUAUUGCUGAGCGGCACUUCACAAGAACACACUCUUAAUAAUGCAACAUACUUAUUGUCUUCAAUACUGUUCUCCCGGGUGCACUGUGGGUGACCUUUAGUCAGUGGACCUACUGCUGCAUGUGUUUUACGGUGCACCAUUGUGCAAAUGUUAAGUAUGCAAUUUCUAGAGCAUUUCUAGUCCUGAACAUGAAUCCCAACUGUCCAAAAACCUUUUCAGUAACAAAAAAAGAUUUUUCAGUCCCCUUUGGACUCAAAACCACAGCACAUAAAAAAAACUUCAAAGUCUGUAGAUUACAGUUUUUAAUAUUUCACAUACCAGAGACAACACAGUUGCAUCUGUUGUGCGUUCAGUUGUUUAAAUAUUUGCAUUGAUCAACCCAAAUUGAUUGAAGAAUCAAUACUGGAUGGCAAAAAUAUAGAACGUAUCCAUACAAAAUCAUACUUUACAAAGAAUGGAUUUAACAACAGAGAGAUCUGACAUGUAUGAUCCACAUCUGU